AUGAACAAGCUUAUUAAUAUAAUUAAUUUAAAGAAUAAUGAAAAGAGGUUUGUUCGGCAGCUUAAUUCAUGUCCUUGGGUGGGUCAGCAAAACUUGUACUGCUCUGUAGGUCGAAAUUUCAAGAAUUUUGAUAAUAGUAAAAUAGGGAAAAAUAAGAUUAUAACUAUUGAUAAUGUAAAUAUGAAGAAUAAAAUGUGUAACUUGAAAAAUUAUAGUUUUUGUAAAACUUCAAACAUAACAAAGGUUAGUAGAAUAAACAUUAGACAAUUUUCUACAAGUUCUGGGGGUACCAAAAUUGAAAAAAAUAGUGAUAGUGUUAAUAUAAAUUCAAAUGAAGUUGAUGAGAAAGUAGUAAAUAAAUGUAAACAAAGUAGUAGUUUAGAAAAUAAUGGAAAACGGCGGCAAAAAACAACAAGAGAAAUAUAUAUGGAUAGAAAACAAAGAGAAGAAAUAAUAAAAAUGUAUUUAUUUUUAAGUUUAAUAUUAAUGCCAUUUGGAUAUAUAUAUAUGUAUUGUAUAGAAAAAGAUAUAAAUAUAAAACAAUUAAUGCAAAUAAUAAUGAAAAAAUGUGAACAUUUAGAAUCACAAUAUAAUGAAAUAAUACAAGAAUUUAUAGAUAAAUAUUUUCCUGUUAGUAAUGAACCAUUAUUACCUGACUUUAAAGAUUUAAAUUACCCCGAAAAUUUACCAACUUUAGUAAUAGAUUUAAAUUAUGUUAUAGCUAAAUUAGAAUAUAAUAGAAAAACUGGAUGGAGGGUUUUGAAGAGGCCAUACUCCGAUUUAUUUUUUAAAGAACUAUCGAGUUUUUAUGAAAUAGUUAUAUGGUCUGAUGAUAAUUUCCCAGUAGCACAAGAGGUAGCAUCAAAAUGGGGAAUACCAGCUAUUGGUUGUUUACAUAGAGAUCAAUGUUCUAGAAAAAAAAAAUAUUAUAUUAAAGAUUUAAAUAGGUUAGGUAGAAAUUUAGAUAGGGUUGUUAUAAUUGAUCAUGAUAUACAUGCUUUUAUGUUACAACCUGAAAAUGGAAUAUUAAUAAAAGAAUUUCAUGGUGAUGUAGAAGAUAAUGAAAUGUUAUGUCUUAUUGAUUUACUAAAAUCUUUUGCUAUUAGUUCAUAUGACAUUGGUCAAUUUUUACGAAAAUAUGGGGGCGGGGAUUAUAAUAUAGGUAAAAGAUAUUUACAGCACAAAAGUGAUACUGAACAAAAAUCGCAAAGAAUACGAAGCCUCGGAAAGAUAUUUCAUGUAGAUAAUAAAAAGCCUCACCCUGGCAUGUCAUUCAACUUGUAA